GCGCGAAACCUGCACAUUGAUCACAGAGGGAGCCCGGAGUAGAGAAAAAUAUUACCAGAAAAGUUUGUCGACUUUGAGCCAAAAUGGACGUAGCAGACCGCGCCGUUGGCCACAACUUGGUCAAAGACGAUGUAGCAGACAGGUGCCAGAAGCUUUUCCAAGAUUUCUUGGAGGAGUUCACAGUUGACGGUGAGGUGAAGUACCUACCAGAUGUUCAGGAGUUGAUCCGUCCUGAGCGAAACACUCUGACCGUCAGCUACCAGCACAUCGAGAAGAACAACCAGCAGCUGGCCACUACUAUCUCUGAGGAGUACUACAGGGUGUAUCCCAGCCUGUGUCUUGCUGUGCGUAAUUUUGCCCGUGACCACUGCGGAGUUCCAACCAGCAAGGAGUUCUACCUCAGUGUGACCGACGUGCCAGCCAGACACAAGGUGCGUGAGCUGACCACGGGAAAGGUGGGCACCCUGCUGCGCAUCAGCGGCCAGGUUGUCCGCACCCACCCCGUCCAUCCCGAGCUGGUCAGCGGCACCUUCAUCUGCCUGGAUUGCCAGUCUGUCAUCAAGGACGUGGAGCAGCAGUUCAAGUAUACACAGCCGACCAUCUGCCGUAACCCCGUGUGCUCCAACCGCAGCCGCUUCAUGCUGGACGUGAACAAGUCUCGGUUUGUCGACUUCCAGAAGGUGCGGAUCCAGGAGACUCAGGCGGAGCUGCCGCGCGGGAGCAUUCCUCGCAGUGUUGAGAUCAUCCUGCGAGCGGAGGCAGUGGAGAUGGCUCAGGCAGGAGACAAGUGUGACUUCACCGGCACUCUCAUCGUGGUCCCUGACGUCUCACAACUCAACACUCCAGGUGCUCGUGCUGAGACCAGUACUCGUGUGAAGGCAGGAGCAGGUUAUGACAAUGAAGGUGUGGGGGGUCUGAAGGCGCUGGGUGUGCGGGAACUGUCCUACAGACUGGCCUUCCUAGCUUGCUCCGUGGAAGCUACCAACCCACAGUUUGGAGGCCGAGACUUGCGAGGCGAUGAUCUAACUGCAGAGACCAUUAAGAAACAGAUGACAGAACAGGAGUGGCAGAAAGUGUAUGAGAUGAGCAGAGACAAGAACCUCUACCAGAACCUCUGCACCAGCCUCUUCCCCACCAUACAUGGUAAUGACGAGGUGAAGCGAGGUGUCCUGCUGAUGUUGUUCGGAGGAGUUCCCAAGAUGACGAUGGAGAAGACCGGUCUCCGUGGUGAUAUCAACGUCUGCAUCGUCGGCGACCCCAGCACCGCCAAGAGCCAGUUCCUCAAGGCAGUGGAACAGUUCAGCCCGCGUGCUGUGUACACCAGCGGCAAGGCCAGCAGUGCGGCCGGUCUGACAGCAGCUGUGGUGAAGGACGAGGAGUCACAUGAGUUUGUCAUCGAAGCCGGGGCGCUCAUGCUGGCUGACAACGGUGUUUGCUGCAUCGAUGAGUUUGACAAGAUGGACCCCAAGGAUCAGGUUGCGAUCCACGAGGCCAUGGAACAGCAGACCAUCUCCAUCACCAAGGCUGGGGUCAAGGCCACCCUGAAUGCCCGUACCUCCAUCCUGGCGGCAGCUAACCCGAUCGGCGGCCGCUACGACCGGACCAAGUCGCUGAAACAGAACAUCACGCUGACCGCCCCCAUCAUGUCCCGAUUCGACCUCUUCUUUGUGCUGGUGGACGAGUGUAAUGAGGUGACAGACUACGCCAUCGCCCGGCGGAUUGUUGACCUGCACAGUCACGGGGAGGCGUCCGUGGAGAGAACCUACUCCGUGGAGGAGAUGCAGAGAUACCUCAUGUUCGCACGACAGUUCAAACCUAAGAUCAGUAAAGAAGCUGAGGAGUUUAUGGUAGACGAGUACCGGCGCCUGCGUCAGCGCGACUGCUCCGGGGUCAGCAAGUCUUCAUGGCGGAUCACUGUCAGGCAGCUGGAGAGCAUGAUCAGACUGUCGGAGGCCAUGGCUCGCAUGUACUGUCAGGACGAGGUCCAGCCGAAACACGUGAAGGAAGCGUUCCGCCUGCUGAACAAGUCCAUCAUCCGCGUCGAGCAGCCCGACAUCAACCUCGGCACCGAGGACGAGGAGCAGCAGCAGCUAGACGGAGGUGGUGAUGAGAUCCUGAGUGAAGACGCCAUGGAGACAGACGAAGCUCAGAAGUCGGCUGACGAGCCCCCCUCCCCACCCAAGAAGGCCAUCAGGCUCACGUUUGAUGAGUACAAGACUCUGGCCAACCUGCUGGUGCUGCAGAUGAGACGGAAGGAAGCAGAGACAGACGAUGGAGAUGGAGGGAUGAGGAAAGGCGAGCUGGUCACCUGGUAUCUCCACGAGAUCGAGAAUGAGCUGGAGUCAGAGGCAGAGUAUUUUGAGAAACAGACCAUCGUGGAAAAAGUCAUCGAGAGGCUCAUUCACCACGACCACAUUCUGGUGGAGCUGUCCAAGAUCGGACUGAAGAAGCGAGCAGGCGACUCAGCGAGCUCAGACCCUCUACAGGACAAGGACCCCCUCCUGGUGGUACAUCCCAACUAUGUCAUCGAUGCUUAGAUGUAAAUACUAACUAACCUACAUGUAGAGUUUAUUGGUGAAGUUUAGGCAUCCAGGCAAUGAGAUACACAAGGAAAUUGUUACACAAGCGACUGGAUAGAUUUUGAAAACUGUCACAGAUGAGUAGUGGAUACUGCUUGAACUGUUUGACAGUUUUCAGAAUCUGUCCUUUUUUUGCUUGAGUAAC